UGGCUGGAGUAUAGUACUUCUGACUGAGUCUCCAAUUACAUUGUAUAAAACAGAACCGGUUUGCUUGUGUGAGAAAAACUACAGGAGAGAAACCAGCAGCAUUUAUCAUGUCAUUUGAUCCGCACAAGAUCUCUCGAGCAGAACUGUUUGAUUUCCAUGGCGUCUCAAUGACUCACUUUUACACAGACAACUGGGAGAACGUCCAAAACUUUCAGGCCAGGCCAGAUGAUAUACUUAUUGCAACAUACCCCAAAGCAGGAACCACAUGGGUCUCCUACAUCCUCGACCUGCUGUAUUUUGGUCAGACAGAGCGUCAGACAUCCACCCCAAUCUUUGAUAGAGUGGCUUUCUUGGAGAGCACCAUCUCGCCUUUGGGUCCAGGAAAAGACUUGGCGGACAACCUCCCCACCUCUCCUCGACUCAUUAAAACUCACUUGCCAGUCCAGUUUGUGCCAAAGUCCUUUUGGGAGCAAAACUCCAGGAUAGUCUACGUGGCCCGCAAUGCCAAAGACAACAUGGUGUCUUAUUUUCAUUUUGACCGCAUGAUCAGGACUCAGCCAGAGCCUGGAGAAUGGAGUAGCUACUUCCACAGAUUCAUGGAGGGAAAGAUGGUGUUUGGAUCCUGGUAUGACCAUGUGAACGGAUGGUGGAAGAAGAAACAGACUUACUCCAAACUCCAUUACAUGUUCUACGAAGAUCUGAGUGAGGAUACUGGACGGGAAAUAGACAACCUCUGCUCUUUUCUCGGUUUGUCCCGUUCGGACGAGGAGAAGAAACUAGUUGCAAGUGGAGUGCAGUUUGAUAAAAUGAAAAAUGACGACACAACCAACUAUUCUACGCACUGUGCUAUGGAUUUAAAAAUUUCUCCAUUCAUGAGAAAAGGGAAGGUUGGUGACUGGAAGAACCAUUUCACUGUGGCCCAGAGUCAACAGUUUGAUGAAGACUACGAGAAAAAGAUGAAGAAUUCCACACUUCAGUUCCGCACUGAAAUUUGAACAGGAUUGUGGAUUUAAAGAUGGAUCAAUGACGUUGAUGGUGUGAUGACCCCUCCCACUCUUUGGGUGGCUCUUGGUGAAUGAAUAUAUGAAUCAGUGAAUGAUUUAUUACUUAAUUGUUUGUUUUCGUGUCUGGCCGCUUACACGGCUUAUCCAUUAUAGGAUUAUUCAGACACAUUUUAAAUAAACACAAAACUAAAUACAGUAUGUACAUAAAGGGU